AUGAACCGUCGCAACUGUUCGUUCCAUAGAAUUUUGACCAUGCCGCCUCCAGAACAGCAGCUGCCGCGCGUGUGCUUUGACGACGAGUACCGCGUCCGAGUACUCGAGCUGGACAAGUUCGCGCAUACACAGGAGCUGGAAGGCGAAUGUAACCAGUUCGUCACGAAAAUGGAGGACUUCCACACGACUGUCAAGGGAGUCCUAGAGAUCAUGGAAGCCCAAGCGAAGCGAAUUGAGAUCGAGAAGCUCAAGGCCAUUGGGCAACGCAACCGCGUGGACAACGAAGUGGAGAAUCGCAACCGACAAAAGCUCAUGCUGGAAGUUUUGAUCAAGGAGAAACAGACCGAGCUCGAGCGGUAUGUGUACAUCAUCAUGUUGUCCAUCCUCCCGACUUAAAUAUGCACAUACUCAACUGGCAAAAUGCAUGGACGGACAGGUACUGCCAACAGUACACGUCGCUCACGAAGAUCGAAGACGAACAACAACAGCUUAUGGACAAACUCAGCAACAACGAAGCCUAGAUAGCACAUGUCCAUAUACUAAGCGUAAUGAAUGAUCUAUGUUGGAUGUACCACAAGUCCAACGUACUGCUUGGCA